AUGAUAUCAGUGCAUUUACGACAAAAGGCGCCUAUACUGGUGUAUGUUUCCUCCCCCCUUGAGCUCCCCGAGAGGAAGUACACGUUUCACCAGGUGAUGUGCAGGAAGCCACGAAACACGCUCAGUUCAGUCACAUGUUUACAUCCAAACGAGCCAGACUGCAGAAUGGAGAUCCCGCGUAUUGAAUCGUACAUCAGUAAGCCGCUGGACACAGCCAACUUUAUUCUGCGGAGGCCCAUGCCCUUUGUGAAGCGCACACCGUCGAAGGAGUGGCAGGAAGCGACAAAGUGCGAUGACUACGAGAGCAUGUCGACGCUUGAGGACAAAAGCCGUCUGGCAUUUGAUGGUGGAGCUAGGGAGAUGCAGUUGCCAGUGAAGAGCCCGAGAGCACUGUUAUCGGGGUCCUGUGACUCGCUGGUGGUGCCAACGCGGCCAGCACCGCCCAAGCCCCUGCCGAAGCCGAGGAUGGUGACGCCGGAAUGGAACGACGGGAAAAUCGAGAGCGAUGGGAAUAAUAGAGUUGUUAUUUACUGCGGGGAUAAUCGACAGGGCAACAACGAGGGCGUCACCGGGAGCCAGUCCUCGUGGUCGGUGAGGCAGGAUGGAGAUCCCGGGAGUCAGUGCGAUGCGGACGGCCAGGUUGCGGUGAAAUUUGGGGUGGAUCAGGGGGGAAUGGGGGAGUGUGAGCGCGAGUCGAGUGAUGUUAUUGUGAAGGUCAGCCCGAGCAGGGAGGACGUCCUCAGGAUCGAAGAGGACGAGUCUGUUUUGGAGGACUACUGGUCGUUACCCGGUGACACGACCGGAUUCAAGGCGGACUGGAGUUUUGUACAGCAGUGGAGACUCAGGGGGCCUGGCGGUGGUACACGGGAUAUUUAUUGUCCACCGUACACCAAGGAGAACUCGGAAUCAACGAAAUCACAUAAUAUGGUUCACAUGAUACCGGAGAGGGACACCGACAGUGUGGCACCUACACCCACGCCCCAGCAUCCACAUCAAUCUCAACAUCAUCAUCUCAGCCAUGAACUUCGGCGACGGCCAACGGAGUGUACAGGUAACAGCUCCUCCGACGAGAACCGUUCAUCAGGUCACGCCAGUAUGUCGGACACAGGUGGACACACGAGUAGUAGUUCCCCACCCCAUCGUCAUCACCGUAGUCACAGUCCUCCCCAAUUGAAUUCCGUCCCUGAGGACGACAGGCUAUCCGCGUCAGUUACCCAGAGAAAUGGCCGCCACAGAAACGGACAGAGUCGCAACCGCCAUCGAGCCACUCCCGCCAAGUUGCAGGUGCCCUGGUCCGGUUCUGGGCUGGAGGACAUUAAACUAGCAAUUCAGCAACUCACGAUGCGUUCCCACACAUCAACAUCGACUUACUCGUCUCUGAGCGGCUCUGAGAGCUCCGAGCCAGCGGUGAGACGACUCAUGCGGCACUCGAGCCUCGAGACAAUAAACACUAACGUCACAAGUGCCGACGAGUUUGUCUGGGUGGACUCGCACAAUCGUCUGGUGGAGCUCCAGCAGCUUCCCUGGACCCACCACGACGUCUUAAGAGUCCUGCAGAACGGAAGAACUCGCGAGCACAUGGACCAGGUCUCCAUGGAGACGAUUCCCCGGCUGUCGUACCUCCUUCAACGGGCCCUGGUGCGCAUUGGGAGGGAAAUUCAGCGAUUGUCGAAGCCCCUUGGCCUCUGCUCGAAGCAGGAGGUCUACAGCGCCUUCAAAAUAGUCCUCUGCCCGGCCCUCGCGGACUCUUGCACGAAAGCUUGCCUCAGGGCUGCCACAAUGUUCGCAGUUUCGGGGGAUCAGCUCAAGCAGUCGAAGGCCUCUCGCUCGGGGCUGCAGCUUCCGGUUGGCAGAUUCCUCCGGUGGAUGUCCGAUGUUAAACUUGGAAGGAUGAUUCACGAGUAUGCGGCUGUCUAUCUCGCAGCGGGGAUCGAGAAUCUUCUGGAGGAAAUUCUGCUGCAGUGUCUGCCGACAGAGGCUCACACCACUCUCACGGCCACCAUGCUGGAGCAUGCCAUUGCCAACAGUGGGGAUCUCUGGGGACUUCUUCAGCCGUAUGCGCAUUUGAAUGCCGGGAGAAUCGCCUCUGGUGCGCUGGCUAUGCCCAGGUGGGCCAGUGUCAGUUCGUUGAACUCCUCUAAUUCCUCGAGGAGUGGGAGGGAACCCGGGACGAGUCUGGAGCCCUCGCUGUUGACUACUUGUGUCGGAUCCAUGGCUGAGUUAUUGGAUCUCAUUGGAAAGGUCGCUCAUGCCGGCAGGUGCCCUGUACCGCUCACGAAUAAAGCUUUGAAUGCUUUGUUUUAUUAUAUGCGGUGCUCCCAGCUGGAGCACGGCGAAAGGGGUUCCGGUAUCCAGGAGUUGGCGUACGAGCGCGCCUACGUGGUCCUCCCGCCGCUGGUGGAGUGGCUGCGAGUCUCCACAGCGCACGCGGACCACCGUCACAGUCUCAUCGUGGACCACGACGACGUGAACCAGGCGGCGCGACUCCUCCUCCCAGGGGUCGACUGCCCGGUGCGUCCCAUCGCCUUCGACGAGGUCACCCUGUCAAAAAAAACCGACGACUCCGAAUACGUCCGUCGUCUGACCCUGGACAUGGCCUUCAAGAUGCUGCUGAGUGGUCGUCCCGACCUGAUCUCGCAAGCCCUCGCCUUCCUCCCCUCGACGAAAAUCAACACCGUUAACGACAACGGCUUCACAGCCCUGAUGCUGGCUUGCAUAAUCGGAAGUGAGACUGCAGUGACUGCUCUCCUCGAUUCCGGGGCAGAUCCCAACGUGGAGAGUCCGGUUCCCCUGGGGAACCCCGUGAGCCCGGUGAAAGGGGCCUCUGGGGCGAGUUCGACCCCGGGGAAGAGCCUCCCGGGCACGAACGCCUCCUCAAGUUCGUCGUCGAGCCCCGGGGGAAAUGGGAAUUGCGCUCAGAGCAGUUUCAACGCUGAAACCCAACACUGGACGGCCCUGACGUAUUCUGCGCUUCUCGGUCACAGCAGCAUCGCGAGAAUUCUGCUGGAGAGAGGGGCAACUGUCGAGGGUGGAGCCAAGUUGAGUGAAGACAAGUGCACGGUCACCCCUCUGCAAGCGGCUUCCGCCUCUGGAAAUCACGAGAUGGUGGCUCUCCUCCUGGCACAUGGGGCUCAGCCCUUCUUGUCGACCCUCAUGAAGGACUCGUUCUGCUACUCUGGGGCGGCACAACGCGGCUGUUACUCCGCUAUUUCUGUGGCCACUGCUCAUGGUCAGAGAGGAUGUCUUCAUCAGCUGCUCUCGCAUCCCCUGAAUUUUUCGGCCAAACGCGGGGAGAAGGAGGUCCUGUCCCUCGAGGAAAUUCUCGCUGAGGGGAAUCCUGGGGCUGGGCAACAUCAGACGCAACAGCAAUCGUUGGACGGCAGGAGUGGCCGUAAAGAGGGAAAGGAACCGGUUUUUAAUAAAAGUCAGAGUAAAGCUCUGCAAGAGGCCAUGUACCACAGUGCUGAGAGCAAUCAUCUGGAUAUUACCAUGGAACUCAGGGGAUUGAAAGUGGGAUGGAGCCUUCAUUGCUGGAUGCACAGUCUCUCUACUGCACAUGAAAUGAGAAUAGAUACGGUUAUUGAUCAGUUACUUCAGGAUUUUCUGCAGGUCUGUCCAGAUGAUUACUCUAAUCAAUUUGUGCAGGAGUGUCUUCCCUUGUUAUUCAAUAUCUUCAGAUAUAGCAAGAAGGAGGAUUCAACGCUUCUGCUCGGGGAUAUCUUCUCGACGUGUUACGGGUGGGAACCGAUAAAACCCAUUAGAGAUACAACGCUGUCCAGCGGCUCGAGGAUCGAUCCCAAGUUCGUUAAUAAUCCUGAGCUCAGUGAUGUUCAGUUCAGGGUGGAGGGGAGGGUGUUCUACGGACACAAAAUCGUUCUUGUCACGUCGUCACCCAGGUUUAGGAAUAUGCUGAGCUCGAAAUUGUGCGAGGGAAAUCCACCCAUUGUGCAGAUUAACGAUAUACGAUAUCAUAUUUUUCAGAUGGUGAUGGAAUUUCUAUACCACGGUGGCUGCGCCACUCUAGAAGUCAACCAGAGUGACGUACUGGAACUAAUGGCAGCAGCGAACUUUUUCCAACUAGAUGGAUUACUUCGAUUCUGCGAAGCUCAAUGUUCAGCGAUGGUUGAUCUCGAUAACAUCGUUUCCAUGUACAUCCAUGCAAAGGUAUACAAUGCAGCGCAAUUACUCGAGUACUGCCAAGGGUUCCUCCUCCAGAACAUGGUUGCACUGUUGACCUACGACGACUCAGUGAAACGUCUUCUAUUCGCUAAAAAACUACCCAACCACGACGUACUCGCUGGACUUCUUCUCACCCUUCAGGCGAGACUCAAAUCAAGACGACCACAGUUGCAGAACACUAAAUUAAAAACGUAAAGAUCAUCAAAAAUCCUUCCCACGUGUCCUUACUUAUUAAAAGACUGCGAUAACUUGUUCGAUAGUAUUAUUUUUUCCCUAAAAUCAACGUUUCUCAUCUGUAGUAAGUGCCUUAAUUCCAUACUUGCCAAGUUUAAACAUGAUAAAUUAGAAUUUUAUAACAU